CACACGAAGUUCAUCGUCGUCGCCACUCCAUCCCACAGAACCCUAACCGAUCUAGAGGGGCGCAACCAGUGACGGGAUCGCCACCGCCGCGCCGCCACCUCGCCGGACUACUCCGACCACCGUCCCUGUCAUCAGUCACAAGGGCCAGCGAGGACGACGAUGGCCGGUUCUUCUUCUUCAUCUGCAAGCGGCUCCACUGAGAAUCAGGUGGCCGGCCGGCAGCCAUGGACGCCGUGACUGUGUCUCCGGCGCCGGCGACGCCGCCCGUGCCUGCCAGGGAGUGGUCGGAGCUGCCGCUGGAUGCCCUGUGCGUCGUCUUCGCCAAGCUCGGCGCCGUCGAGCUCCUCAGGGGCACCGGCAGCCUUGUCUGCCGCUCAUGGCAGAAGGCGACCAUGGCGCCUGAUGUAUGGAGAACUGUGGACAUGAUGACGCACCACCAGAUGCUGCGCUGGACGAAGGCAAGCGGACUGUGCGCCAUGGCGAAGGUCGCCGUCGACCGCGCCGACGGGCAACUUGAGGUGUUCAUGGGGAGCAAGUUUGUUACCAAUCAGCUCCUCACGUAUAUAUGCGACAGGUCACCAUCUCUGAAGAAACUUUUCCUGGCACGGUGCUCCAGGGUCACCAGCGACUGCUUCACCGAGCUGAUCACCAAGACGCCCCUGCUGGAGCACAUCGUGGUCAGAGAUUGCCGGAAGCUCCACGCCGGCGUGUUUGAGGUCGCCGGCAGAGCGUGCCCGCAGCUGAAGCGCCUGGAGCUACGCCUGGACCGCCGGUUCGACGGGAGGAAGAUGGCGCUCGGCGUUGCGGCGGCCAUGCGCGAGCUGCGGCACCUCACGCUCGAAGGCGACGCCGUCGUCUCCGGCGAAGCUCUGGCGGCCAUCGUCAACGGGUGCCCUCGGCUGGAGAUUCUCGACGUGAGCGACUGCUCCGGCCUCGCCGUCACCGUUGGCGGCGACCUGCUCGAGGAGUGCGGCCGCCUGAACACAGUGGUGCUCCCGGGCCGGUGGAUGCAUGAAUAAGCUUGGAUCGUCUACUAUUAUGACAUUAUCUGUCCUUCUAAGUGACUAUAAUAUUACUACCAUAGUGAUGGAUGACGGUAAUCCUCCAAUUAAUAAGGUGACUAGCAGUUAAACUUUUUAAUGCCGUACAGACGCUGAGACGCACAACCUUUGUAUGCAUGAUUAAAGGCUACUGUAAGAAAAUUAUUGUUACAUCGUUGUCUAGCUAUGUAGGAUUUCGCUAUAAUGCCACACUAUAGUUAGAUUUGCUAAAUUGUCACUCUAAAACUAGCUAGGGCGAUAGCCUAUGAUGAGCAUUUUUUUCAUACUUAAAAGAGGUAACAUGAGGUAUUACUAUUUUCUAUAUA